UUUAAAGCUUCCAUCUUCACCUUCUCUCUCUCUCUCUCUCUCUCUCCCCUCUCUCUCUCUGACGCAGAAUACUCCUUUGUGUUGUGCAACGUAUUCAGACACAUCUCAUAGAAAGACAGAAGAACACCAAACUAGGGUUAUUUUCAUAUAAAUUUUGAAGAGAGAUUUCGAAUAAAAACAAUUAUUAAAUUUGAUGGGUUCUUUUGGAGAUGAAACGACGACGAAGAAGAAGGCGACGUGGGUAUACCCUAAAGUUUUAGGGCAUAACCCUCGAGAGAGAUGGGGUCAUUCUGCUUGCUAUUCUAACGGCCUGCUUUACAUCUUCGGGGGAUGUUGCGGCGGUUUACAUUUUAGCGAGGUCAUAACGCUGAACCUCCGUACAAUGACGUGGACCGCGUUUGCGACCACAGGACGCCGUCCGGGACCGCGCGACAGCCAUACCGCGGUUCUUGUGAGAAACAAAAUGAUCGUCUUCGGAGGCACGAACGGUUCGCACAAAGUGAACGACCUUCACGUUCUUGAUUUGGUCUCAAGAGAGUGGUCGACGCCAAAUUACCUCGGUACCCCUCCUUCGCCGAGGGAAAGCCACACGGCCACGGUGGUGGGGGAGGACAAAAUGGUCAUUUUCGGUGGCAGCGGCGAAGGCGAAGGGAAUUACCUCAACGAUUUGCAUGUUCUUGAUCUUGGGACGAUGACAUGGACUUGUCCCGAGGGUGUGAGAGGUGAUUGGCCUGUCCCGAGGGACAGUCACAGCUCUGUCGCGGUAGCGAAGAAGCUCAUCGUUUAUGGAGGGGACUCGGGUGAUCGGUACCAUGGAGAUGUCGACGUUUUCGACAUGGAUACACUCACAUGGUCGAGGCUUUUGGUUGAUGGAAGUUCUCCGGGUGCUCGAGCUGGUCAUGCUUCUCUAACCAUCGGAUCAAAGGUUUAUAUUAUUGGAGGUGUUGGGGACAAGCAUUACUACAACGAUGUCUGGGUUCUAGACAUGUCCGGGAAUUGUUCUUGGACCUGUCUCAACGUUGGAGGCCAGAAACCGCAAGGCCGGUUUUCUCACGCAGCAGUCUCAACCACCGGUUCAGACAUUACAAUCUACGGCGGAUGCGGGGAGGACGAGCGUCCUCUAAACGAAUUGUUGGUGCUGAAGCUCGAGAAAGAUGAACAUAACGAUCCCCAUAACAUCUCUACACGUAAGCUGUUCAAUACCAACCAUUGGAGCAAAGAUCAUAGAAGAUACCUCCGAGACCGAGGCGAAGAUAUUAGAGAACUGCAGUCCUUUGGGUUUAACUCAGAUAUGCAUCAUAAAAAGAGGAGGAGGAUGUCUAAUUCAAAGGUCUGCAACAUCGAAUCAGAUCAAGAGGGUCGUUCUCUUUCGCUCUUGUCUAAACAUUCAGCGCCUUUGCGGUGUGAGCGCGACUACAUUCCGAUCCAAAGGCAUCAAGAAACCUCCGUUCGGGUUCCGAGUUUCAAUAUCUGGAAGCAAUUCCGCCGAAGUCACAACAACAAUCUCACGUCAUUACGUCAAAGCCAAGAGCAUUGCCCGAUGCAAAACGUUCAGCACAUUCCAACGUUCUGUAAAGCUUCGGAUUCAAAGACUUCAAAGGAUUUGAUUGGAGCCAAUGUUGUCGGAAAAGUCGAUGGAACCUUCGACUCCGGUUUACUUAUGACGGCCGUCGUGGACGGAAAGAUUUUCCGAGGAAUUCUGUUCUCGCCGGGAUCUGGGAUUGGUCCUCAAUUGCCGUUCACGAGCCCAAUCGUGGUGGCUCAGGCGGCGGCGAAGCCGUUGAAUUCAUCAUCAUCGCCGGCGGCAAACCCGAGAAGAAGCGACCUUGAAGGCGUUGUCCUGACGUUAGGCGGUCCCGGAGAUAUGCACAUGAAUGAGUAAGAAGAUUAGAAUAAUGUGUAUAUUUAUUAUAAUUGUAUAAAUGAAAUAUAUAACUGAAAAGAGUAAGCAGAUCCCCAAUCUUACGUGUGAGAGGGUUUCAUGUUG